AUGUCACCUUCGCAUUUGCACACAGCCGGGCCAAAGCCAUCGCGCCCGUCGCUUGGCCAGAUUCUCUCUCUGCCGCCGCAAUGGCUGAAUAUGUACGAGGAGUUCAUCACAAAGAAUGCGGGCCAAGUGUCGCAGAUCGAGAGCGCGUUGCGCAGCUUGACGUACAUCAUCCCUGGCCGUUUUCGCGAUGCCGAGAUUGCGUCAGAAUCUAUACACUCAGGCGUCCAGCUGCUGUCGCUGUACCAUGACAACCUCCUGACGCGUGCCGUCUCCCGUCUGCCGGUGCCACCGAUCCCAUCGGCACAUGCCCGCUACACCCGGUUCUGGAGUUCAAAGAGCAAAAUCUAUCGGAGGGUUGCCAUGCUUUUACAAAUGGUCAUAUACACUGAGCUGCUCUGCGAGAUGGCGGCGAAGCGGCGCGGGGGCGAGCGGAGACGAUGGAACGUGAUCGUUCUUCUAGAAGCUAUCAAGGCCAUCUGCCGCCUGCUGCUGCUACGGAUCACGCGGUCGCGGCCGCUGGUGACCCCUGUACUCCCUGAGCGAGAGCCUAUCCCUCAGGAUCUGAUGGAGGAUGAGGAGUAUGAGGAGGAGGCCUCGAAGAGCGAAAGUGAGCUGAUGGAUCAGCUGUCCCUCAACGGCAAAUCUCACCUAUUGAAGCCGGCGCACGAGAGGGAGUGGGCGAUGCCCCGAACCGGCCUUAGCAUGCCCUCCCUACCAAACUCAAGUGAUAUCAGCUCUUACCUGAUGGGGCGAGUCCUGACAGCGGAGGACAUCAAGCCGGCGAGCAAGCUUCUCAACCAGCUGCAGGGAAGCAGCCAGGCCGCCGAGUACCUGUACAUCUUGGCCCCCCUAGUCUACGCGUCGGUUCUGGCCCGCAGUAAGAACAAGCGGUCAUGGACACCCUGGCUGGUCGGACUGGCUGUUGAGUGUGCGGCACGACAGCUGCGUGACCGAAGCCUCCGGACAGCCUCCCUGGAGCGCGACGAAUGGAACAAGAGAGGCUGGGGCAUGGCUUGGUGGCUGAUGCGCGGCGCCUUCUACGAGAACGUCACCAAGGGCGCUGUACAUGGUGUGACCAAGAGGAUGCCGGGCUUCAUUGCGGGCAUUCUCGAGGACUACGAGUACCUCUGGGAGAACUAUUACUUUAGCACGAGCGCUUAG